GACAUCUCAAAGUAUGCUUCUUGUAAAUAAUUUGAGUAACAAAGUUGGAAAAACAUGCACGCUAUGAGACAAGACGUCUGAUUGUUCAAUGUUAAAUCAUCAUUCACCACUCUUGGGGCGUUAGGUUACCAAUGGCCAUCUUCCAAUAAUCCUAUAAUUUGUUAGAAGCUUGGAAAGAUUUGUAAGUGGAGUCUAUUGUGUCCAGAAGAUUGGAUAGGAAUUACCUGCCACGCAACCACGGCAGAGAUCCCAAAGGUUAAAGCAGUAUUGAAGUGGUAAUAAAGAAGGCUUUCAGUCAGACAAAAAGCCUCACAAUUAUCUCCAAUUUGCCCAUGGAACCUUGCCAUCAACUCACUAACCGGCACAUCCUUUUUUUAGACCCUUAGCGUGUCUUAUGUAGGAGCAUAGUUCGAACAACAUAUUUCCAUAAUCUACUGUUCUGGCAAUAUUAUGGGUAUGUGAGGCCAAAAUCUAUUACAAGUUUCAAAUACAAGCAAUCCUAUGACUACCCUUAUAGUGCAAGACUUACUACUGUAUCUCACCUAGCCAAUUUACACAUCAAUGCAUUUUAAGAAACUCACAUUAACCAUAAUUAUGAUACGCGAUCAAGGAAAUGCUUUGUGUGAAGGGUGCAUUCAAGAAUUAAGACACUGGAUGAGGAAAGAUUAAACCCUCUCCAGCUGCUAAGAGAUCAUGGCAACCUCAAAUGCAUGAAGGAGGCCAAGAGUUGAAAUCUCAGACAGUUGGUUUUGGCCUGACCCAAACUAGGAACAGUGGACAGUGGGCAUGAGACUCUGGUCAAGACAUCCUGGCUCCAGGGCUUCUGUAUGAAACCUGGAAUGUGAAUAUGAGCACAUGUGUGUAAAUGUGCACGGACACACACACACAGAGUACAAAGAAGCUAAAGAAGAAUGCUAACCCAGAAUCAGAUGACCACCUCCAGCAGAUCCCUCACCGUUUGCGUGAAAUCAUGAAGAGUAAAGAAAAGAUGAAAAUGACCUCACGACAAAGAAAGAAAGCAUCUCUGUCAAAGCUGGAAGCAGGACAACAAGGAGAUAUUCCGGUUCCACACUUCCGCAAAAGGAAUAACGAAUCAAAGAAAGCUUAUGUCCGUCGCAUGACAGAGGAGAGCGAGCACGUACUCUUCCUUACCAACAACCAGAUAGACCGCAAACCAGAGACAGAGCUGCCGAAAGAAGAAGAACAGACAGAGGAAAAGAAAUCGGCUAAAAAGAAAGGGUUAAGUCGAGGAAAACUAAAACUAGAAAAGAAAAAAUUAGUUCAGCGGGAGAAACAAGAGGAGAAGGACAUGUUUAAAGAUGAAGUACCAUUUGGAGAGGUCGCCAUGGCGCCACCAUCACUAAGUGUGAAACCCAAAAAAGCCACAGUUAAACCCAAGGGGGCAUCCAAAGGUCUUCUUCUGAACUCCCUGCUCGGUCACAGUCCCGUGUCUGUAAAUAAACCCUCUAUGGCGAGGAAGAGGAUAAUGGAGGAGGAGAGAGAAAGAGUAGUGCAGCUGUACAGACAGAUGAAAAAGAAACAGAGAGACAAACAUGAGAAGGACAGAGCUGGGAAGAUUUUCACGUGAUCCUGUAAUAGUUUUUAUAUAGUGUAUAUUGUGUAUACAUUUUCGGAUGUAGAUUCUUGCUUUCACUGUUGUAUUUGCGAAUUUUCUAAAAUAUAUUUGCAUCGACUACA